CAAGGUCUCCAGACAGUACACACAACCACUGGAUUUGACAGUCAACAGCACAGUACACUUUUAGGAAACUAGCUAGCUAGCAAUUUUAGAUGCCGGAUCUGUAGCUUGUCAAUUCAGAAGUUAGAUAGCUACUACGUUGACUUAAAACAUACAACUGUUGAAUAACGACAGUAUUGAUACAUUUGUAGGUAAACGGCGAGAAUGUUGGUCCCUGCGGGAUGAUGAUGAAAAAGAGACUGUGGCGAGUUGUGACAGUGUGCCUACUUGUGUUUUUACCGUGUUGGCACCCAACUAAAUAUGUUGGCUGCGCAGAGCAGCCCCCAGAGGCUCAGAGCAUGCCUGCACCUGCUCAGGACAGCAGUGGAGAGGAAGACCCAGGCGACAAGUCCCAUCACAGGGGUGUUGUUCAGGUAGAGGAGGGCUGGGGGUCCCAGUAUGCCCAGUACCUAUCUGAAGAGGAGGUGCUGCCAGAGGGAGAGGAGGUGGAGACACAGCAGCAGGGCCUAGCAGGGGAGGAGGCGGAGACUCCAGGCACAGAGGUGGAGGACAAGGAGCAUGUCAAGUGCCGUGAUGAUGUUUCCCAGACGUUGGACCUGGAGGAUUCUGUAGCAGAGAAGGAGCAAGAGGCAGCACGGCCAGAGGUCUGGCCAGAGGCUGAGCAGCCACCUCCAGAGGCCGUUGUCACACAAGAGCAGAAUCCAACCCCCGCCUCUGACCUCUCCCCUCCACCAUCUGCCCCUGCCCUCAACCCCAUCCCCGAAGACCCCUCCAGCACCCCUAGCUCAUCCUCUAGUGUACCAGAGGAAAUUGUGUCUGAUGUCCCUUUGUCAGAAUCCAGUGAUGCUGAUCUGGCCAUAGCCGACUGUGAAGCUGGAGAAACCAACCCCUUUGACGGCACCCUCACCAGUCUUCCUGUUGUCCUGGAGAACACAUCCAAUGCCCUGGGAAAGGGCACCAAGACUGACAUAGACCCCCCUCCGGCCCAGGCAGGUCAGGCCUCAGUGGGGCUGGCUCAGGUGGCCAACGCCUCCCACAUGCUCAAAGAACCGGGUUUGAUCUCACACAUCGCCACAGAGACAGAUCCCAGCGUGGCAACCAAGGAUCCGGAGGACAACCCCACCUUUGACGAGUGGAAGAAGAAAAUGAUGGAGGUGGAGACAGAGAAGACUCAGGCCACUCAUACCUCCACCAACGGCGGCUCCCACGCUGUAAAGAAGGUGCAGAAGAACUUCAACAACUAUGCAUCGGUGGAGUGUGGGGCAAAGAUCCUGGGUUCUAACCCAGAGGCUAAGAGCACUUCAGCCAUAUUAAUGGAGAGCAUGGAUCAUUACAUGUUAAAUCCCUGCAGCAACAAGAUCUGGUUCAUCAUCGAGCUGUGUGAUCCCAUCCAGGUGAAGCAGUUGGACAUCGCUAACUUUGAGCUCUUCUCUUCCACACCCAAAGACUUCCUGGUCUCCAUCAGUGACAGGUACCCAACCAACAAGUGGGUGAAGCGGGGAACUUUUCAUGCUCGGGACGAGCGCACUGUUCAGAGUUUCCCUCUGGAUGAGCAUCUGUAUACCAAAUAUGUCAAGGUGGAGCUGGUCUCUCACCAUGGAUCUGAACACUUCUGCCCUCUCAGUCUCGUAAGGGUGUUUGGAACGAGUAUGGUGGAGGAGUACGAGGAGAUCGCUGACCCCCUGGACAGACCGGAAGACCAGGAUGGCGACCAGGAUGACCACCUCGAUUAUCCUCCUGGAUAUGUUCCUGUAGAGGACGAGGCGUCAAAUGACCUCAUAGGAUCAGCCAAGGAUGUCAUUCUGAACAUGGUGAACAACAUUAAAGUCAAUGUGCUGGGAGGAGGACCAGGGGAAGGGAACUUCUCAGGCCAGGCAGUGAACAUGACUGCCAGUAAAUCAUCUGACCCCGACACCACCUCCACCGUCAGCCCUGUGCCUGACACUGUAGGCGUGGAACAGUCUGAGGUACCAGAACACCCUGUCACUACCACAGAGGAUCCCACACCAGAGCCCCCUACUGCAGAACCCCCUGUCACAGAGGAACCCAAACUAGAGAAUCUAACUGGGGAGGAGACGAUUGUGACUCCUAUAGAGGAGGAGGAGGUCCAGUUCAUAGUUACUAUGCUGGAGGAGGAGGAAGAGGAGGAGACGGAAGAGGAAGGGAGGGACAGAGAGGUGCACCAUUGCCCUGGCCUCCGACAGCAAGAAAGCCUUGACUACUGCGGCCUGUCUUCCUCCUAUUCUUGCUCCUGCUCCGCCUCCUUCCAGGAGUACCUCCUCCACCAGUGUUCCGUUCAAAGGACCUGCACCAGCCAGGAGAGGGAGCCAGAGGCACCCCCAGACCCAGGAACCACCACCACCCCGUCACAACAGCUCACCAUCUCCCCCACGGCCACUCAGACCCCACAGCAGCCCCACACUCUUGGGGAACAGCCUCAGGAGAGAGAAGCCAGCUCUGCCCUUGGGGAGAGGGGAGCAAGUCCCACUGAAGCCCCACCACACCUUCCAUGGGUUGAGACAGAGGCAGUGGGAGAGAGAGAGCCCAGCACUGAGCUGCCCCACCUGGAGCCCAGCCAGAGCUCCACCCUGCCCAGACCCAGUUCCACCGACACCGCCAGCUCUGCCACUAGGCCCACCCCUACCGUGGAGCCUCCACACCAGGCCUCGAGAGACCUGCCUGGGCAGAAGCAGCCCGCCACUGGGGCAGAGAAGAACCGGGAGGUGCAGCAGGAGGAGAACAGGCAGCCUUUUCCCACUGUCACCACCUCCAGCCCCAGUGGCCCCCUAGAGCAGAGUUGGAGAGCCCCUGUAGAGAGGCCCUGUCUGGACGUCCAGCCUGCCAAACAAGACAUCCCGGUCAUCCACCCCCCACAUGUGGCCGAUCCCCAUCCCCUCCCCACUGUCUCCACCCCCACAGAGCAGCAGCAGCCUCCCGCCCCCACAGCUGAACCAGAGAGUGCUGCUGGCAGUGGCAACACUACUCCUGGGGAGUCCCGCUCUGUCCCUGUCGUGGUUAUGACAGAACCCCCCUCACGUGGCCAGGCUGUCGCAACGGAAACCAAGGGGGAAGCAGAGCUUGUGGAGGACAUCCUCUUCACCUCGUCGCCCCAUGGCAACGGGCAGCAGCUGCUUCCCCCACCCUCCCCCUCUCCUUCCUCCUCAGACUUCUACGCAGAGCUCCACAAACCCACGGAACAGGCGAACGGGAACCCGAUGCACGGCUCCACCAGCCAGAAGGAGUCUGUGUUCAUGAGGCUCAACAACCGCAUCAAGGCCCUGGAGAUGAACAUGUCGCUGAGCGGACGCUACCUGGAGCAGCUCAGUCAGAGGUACCGAAGGCAGAUGGAAGAGAUGCAGAGGGCUUUCAACCAAACCAUCAUCAAACUGCAGAACACAUCCAGGAUAGCAGAGGAGCAGGACCAGAGACAGACGGAGUCCAUCCAGUCGUUGCAGGGCCAGCUGGAGGACAUCACACAGCUGGUUCUCAACCUGUCUGUCGGAGUCAGUCAGCUGCAGAGCCAGGUGUCUGAAAGGCAGAGUUACCUCCUGCUGUGCCUGGUGUUGUGUUUGUUCCUGGGGUUGCUGCUGUGUGUCCAGCACAGUCGCAUGUCUGCCAUUGAGCCUCCCUCUACAGACCCAGAGCCUCCUAUACCCAAGAGCUAUAGCUACUGCUGCCCAGAGAGGCGUUUCUGGGAAUAUGAAGACAUGAGCUUGAAGAGAGGAAUGUCAUAUCCUCUCCUGCACUCGGGCUCCUUCCAGUUACCCACCACUGAAGGUCCAGAGUCACCGCGCACUGUUGAACCACUGAGUUUUCUACCAGCUAAUAAAAAGAAGAAACGGAGUAAGAUGAAGACCGUGGAAACCUUGAAAUGCACUGUACUCUGCGCUCCUCUGCUUGCUCACGGAGCACCCGUAUGUAACGGCGGCUCCCCUGGUGGCACCACAGACCCUACACCCCGCAUGGGGCGUCUCAGCCACCACGCCUUCAUGGACCCCCCUUCCGGGGGCAGUUCAGAGAGCUCCUCCCAGUCGGACGAGCCCUCCUUAUGCGGCCUUGCCGCCACCUCCUGCACUCGCCUCUGUGACGGCCUGCCCCCGCCCAGGAGCAGGGCAGAGAAGCAGGCGUUCAAGCGGCAUCGCUCCAAGCCUGGGUGCGUGGUUGUGGAGGAUCUCCUGCAGGCCCCGCAGAGAGAUGCAACACCCAUAACCCCCACCCUGCAGGACCUCAUGGGGGGGAAGGAGCUGUCUGCAGGGAUGCUGGGAGUGACGGCGCUCUGAGCUCCUGUCGGACCGAGACUAAACUCUCCUCCUGUCUGCUCCUCCUGUAAACAGACUCUGGAACAGUCGCCCCCUGAAAGGAGGGACGUUGUUAUCCCUGUAUACACAGGAAGCUUUAGGCUAGGAAUCAGACAAUCCCUCUUCGUCCACCUCCCAACCAGUAUGUUAUGUUCUGUCCAUGUUCUCUUUUGAACCUUUGUCGGGCUUUGAUGUUUCUUUCUUGCUUUGACCAAUGGAAGAAAAAAAUAUAUUUUCCAUCUGUCCUUCAAAAUGUUAAUUUUUUUUGUAAAUACUGUCAACCCUACAGCUGCGCUAUGUAACAAUCAAACCUGCAAAUAAUAGCCAAUGUCAAUAAUGGGCUAAAGGAAUAUAAAAAUUUAAAAAAGA